AUGUCGCAUCGGCAAGGCGUUGCGCAAGGCGGGCUCUUGAAACAUGGAGGUUUGAACUCGGAUAAUGCUUUAUCAAAGCUGUUAGUACCUCACGUUGAGAAAGUCAGAGAAAAACACUUGAAUUUGCAUGAUAGCCUUUGGCAAGCGUAUAUAUCGCAGCAUCCUUUACGAAGCCUGAAACUAGCUAUACCACGUCGUCUCUAUUUCAAGUAUGGACCCAAUCUGUACUUGUACCAACAGGCCUAUGAAGAUGUGUAG